AAUAUCCUUGACGAAGAGCUAUCACAGCUCUAUGAUUCCUCUAAUGAAAUUGGCGAAUUAUCACCUCCGUCACCACCUCCACCUCCACCAUCAAGGAACAUUCCACUUUCAGAGUUUCUGCUGUACAUCAGCAUUUCAUUUGGAGAUUCCACAGUUGAGUACGAUCGCAGACGAACAUCAGAUUUUAGUACUUCUGAAGAGCCUGUAAGGGUCUCCGAGCAAGCUGUGGCAGCUGCAACAACGAUUCCAGAGCUGGAAAUGUAUAAAACACAUUGUGGAGAGUUAAAGGAACUUAUUGCUGCGGAUGAAGAGGUGAUUGCAAGAAUAGACAGAGAAGUCAGUGCAUCAAAUCCUUCAUUGUUUAAGGAAUAUUUGGAUGCGGACCUGAACGUUCAAAAUGAUAUUGAAGCAAGGCUGAAAAAGACCAAAGAUUAUGCCGGGUUCAAAGCUCUACAUACACUUCUCGAAUGGAAGCAAACCAAGAACGACAGCUUAAAGUGGAAUCUGGAGCCUUGCGUGCAGAAUAUCACUGAGGAAGAACAAUAUCAUGAAGCGUUUGGACGACGGAUAGAAGACAGCUCAUAUGAUUUGCAGAAGCAUCUUGCUGAACUCAAGCAAAAACUUGCAGAUGCGCGAACGAGACUUGAAGAACGUCGUCAAGUAGUGUAUGCUGAUGCAAACAAGCAAAACGAAAUCAACGAGCAAAGGGCCACCUUGGAUGGAUAUCGAGCAGAUAUAGCACAACUCGCUGAAAAAGAAAGUUCAGUAAUGGGCUCGAUAAGGCAAUUAAAUCGACGAAAGGAACAGCUCGAAGCAGAAACGGCCAAGCUUGAGCAGGAACAAGGCGUAACAGUUCAUCCUGAAAGUUUUUUGCAAAGAGCACAAGAGAAAUUCGAAAAGAGCAGUAGAUACAGCAGGCUGCGAGUCAUCGAACGAUCGGACGAGGUUAUUAGUGUUGAAAUAAUGGGCGACAUAUUGGUUCAAAUAAAGUCACCUAGCCAGUUUCCACGACAACCUGACGCGGUCCAAAUAAGUAUUCUGAACGAGAGUUUUUAUGGAAGGAUCUCGCCUUUAGUCAAUGGAUUGCAUGCCAUGAUCAAGGGCUUGGAGAAUACAAACCAAAUCAUAGAGACGGCAGCGAUUUAUUGGAAUCAGGCGCGUGGAAUAUACCGCGAAUUGAUACGAAGUGGCGCACGUUAUUUUAUGGAGAUCAAUCCCUUGGAAACCGAGAACGAAAGUGAGCAAUGGGUGAGAUGCACUUUAGUGCCAACUAGCUUUAUCCAUCGAACAAAAGUCACGAUCACUAUUGAUUUGCGGCCGCAAGAUAUAUCCAAAUUCCCGGUUAUCAACAUGGAAGCCGUUACUGUUACUUACAAUCGUGGCCCUACAGACAUAGCACAAGAGCAGGUUGAAAACAUUGCCCGUGACCUGCUACGCAGACACGGAUUCGUUAACUUGAAGGGCGUUUUACAAGAAAUCCUAGAGCAAAUUCGAUCCAACCCGACAUUCCCAAAUACUCCUUUAUUACAGCAUAUGUAA